AAGUAGUUUACAUAUUUCAAUGCAUCUUUUUCAUUUAUUGGAUAUUGUGUAACCAAUGAAAUAAUGUUAGUUUUUUAAUAAUUGGUUGAAUUAAUUGGUUAAAUGAUAUAUUCUUUUAAAUAACAAUUUUCUAAAUAUUCGUGCGUUUAAACAAAACUACUUACAUUUAGAAACAGAGGGAGUAUAUAUGUACUAGGUGUUUUCCGAAAUUUUUUAAAUCUAACUUAUAUUUAAAAAUAAAUUUUAUUAAAUAUUAUAGAUUUUACUAUUUUAUUAUUAAUAUUUAAUAUAUAUUUGAUAUAUAUUAAAUAAAUUUGUAUAAAACUAAUAAAAAUGAUAUAACAUUGUAUAAUUAUCAAAAAUUUAGCAUAAACAAUAUUUAUAAAAUUUGUAUAUAAAAAACUAAUGAUCUUACGAUUAGAUAUUUAAAUUUUUAAAAAAUUGUAUAAAUUUUUGAAAGCUUUAGUAAUACAAAUUGUAUAAUUAUACAAAAAUAAUAAUAUUUCAAAAUUUGAAAUGAGAUAUAUGAAUAUAUUUAUUUUAUAGAUGAUGUAUGAGCUAUUACCAUAUUUAAAAAAAGUUUACCAAAAAGAAAUAUCAAUAUUAAAUGUAAUAUAUGAAUUAUUACCAUAUUCUAAUAAAUUUGCCAAAAAUAUAAAUCAACAUUAAAUGAAAUUAUACAUGUCAUAUUUUUCCGGAAGCCAUGUCAUCAAUUUCAGUAGUCAUGUCAUAUUUGUUUUGUAAAAUUGAUUGUAGAGAGGACAUGUGGCAAAAUCACUUCGCAAAUAUAGUCUAGGGGAUCUUAAAAUGGCUUGUCUUGUAGUUCUUCAAUUGAGAGAAAACAAUGGUGUUAGAAUUGCCAUGUGGUGAUACUCACUCCUCGUAUUCAAUUAUAUGAGUGAUUCAAUAGGCUCCAGCUUUUCUUGAUUCUGAAACACAAGAAAGGGAAAAAAAUCAUACGCAAAACAUUAUUUAUUGAUGAUUAAAUGCAAAGCUAAAGACAGCAAGAGACACAAGGGUUAUACCAGAGGGUAAAGAGAUUGAAACAGGCUGAGGUACGUAAGUUUUAUAAAAAAAAAGAAGAAGCUAAGUUUAACUUUUUAUGUUGGCUAUGGAGUCUCCAAGAAUCCAUGAAGGAGUUGCUGAGGAGAAGAGUAGUUGUGAAUCAGGAUGGACUAUGUACAUAGAAGACACCAUCCAUGGAAACCAUCACUCUGAAUUUGUCUAUGAAGAAUAUGAUGAUGAUGGUAAUCAUUUCUGUGUAAAAGAUGUCGAUGAUGAUAGUAGUGAAAAUGGGAGCGAUGACUCGAUGACUUCUGAUGCAUCUUCAUGGCCUAGCACUCAGCUUCCAAGGAAGACAAAGAAUCAUGCAGCUGCAAAGAAGAGUUAUGCCAAACAAGUCAAUCAUCACACAAAGAAUAAAGCUCGUGAAAAAUCCACCGACCAAGAAGAAGAAUCUGAGUUCAACGGUAGAACAAGAACCAUUGCAGCUAGUCGUGUUCAAAGUAAAGGCAAGGUGAGAAAAAACAAAUAAGACUCUAAAUACUGGUUUUAAACUUCUAUUGCUAUAUCCAAUAUUCUCUUUGGCUCAAGGGAUAUAACAAUCUAGACCAUGUAAUUGUUACCUUCAUUUGAAAUUUAUGUGUAAUAGCCUUGUGUUCUAUAACAGGAUUAUGUUUUUGGCUUAAAGCAAAUCCCGUUCCUGUAACUUUAUUUGCCUUGGAGCUAUGCAUGCUAAUAAUAUCUACUUUUUCUGCA